AUGUAUCAUGCACUUGCUAAACAUUCUGGUUGGUCCUUAAGUUUAAAGUGUACAGGAGAUUUGUAUAUUGAUGAUCACCACACAGCAGAGGAUACAGCUAUUGCAUUGGGAAUGGCAUUUAAAGAUGCUUUGGGAGCACCAAAAGGAAUUAAAAGAUUUGGAUAUGCAUAUGCACCAUUAGACGAGGCAUUAUCUAGAGCAGUUGUUGAUAUAUCAGGAAGACCAUUUGCAGAUAUUAAUCUUGAGUUGAAACGUGAAAAGAUUGGAGAUUUAUCAACUGAGAUGUUGCCUCAUGUUUUAUCAUCUUUUGCUACAGCAGCAGGAAUUACAUUGCAUGUUGAUGUGUUGAAAGGGAAAAAUGAUCAUCACAGAGCUGAAUCAUCUUUUAAAGCACUCGCUGUAGCUAUACGUCAAGCAAUUGAAAUAACUGGCACUAAUGAUAUACCUAGUCAUUGUUUCAAUUGA